AAAGUAUUUUAUAAAUAAAAGCAUCUAAUUUGGUACAACCACUUACCGAUGGGUGCAGGAAAUUCCACGCCGCAAACGGCGACCAUCAUCAAUCCAGUGCGUGCCAGCGCCAUACACGUCACACCGAGCGUUAUAAAUCGCCUGGAAAGUGCCAAGCAACAAAUUGCCGAAGUUGCAGUGCCGGCACCAACAAAAGACGAACCAGUACAUUGUGCACGCUGUUGCACCUGCGGCUUCUUCAAGGGCAAAGACAAAGAGGCCAGCUUGUUGGCGAUGAAAUCAAAUGAAUUGCAGGAGGCGCAAUAUGUGAAAACUUUGGAGAAAUUAGAAGCCAUGCUAGGCAAACCCGUACGCUUUGCUGAAGUGCACAGCGAAAACCUGAAGAAAUUGGAGCACAAGCUGUUGAAAUGCUAUGCGGAUAACCCACGCCAGCCGCUGGUGUGUGCCGAUGCAGCGAAGGAAUAUCAGAAUUUCGUUUUUAAGCAGCAAUUCGAUUCUAUACUUAAUGCCAAACAUAUAACAACACAGAAAUACAAAUAAACUUCCAUUUUAACUUAA